AUGAUAACAACCGAAAGAGCAGUCAUAAGUCCAGUAGUAUACACAGUUUUUCUUGAUCCACCGUUGAAAUUGUCUUCUGAAUAUUGUUCUUGGUUUUCCCCGUCUCCUGGUACUAGUGGUGUUGGUGUAACAGAUGUAGAUGAUGUGGAGGCAGAUGAUGUGGAGGCAGGUACUAGUGGUGUUGGUGUAACAGAUGUAGAUGAUGUGGAGGCAGAUGAUGUGGAGACAGGUACUAGUGGUGUUGGUGUAACAGAUGUAGAUGAUGUGGAGGCAGAUGCUGCUAGAGUGCUAGUAGACUUGGAUUUAGGAAGCUUUCCGGUACUGCUGCUAAUAAUAGUAGUACUAGUGUUAACUACUGCAAUUUGUGUGGAUGUUCCUGUGGUGCUUGCAGUAGGAGCUAGAGCAGGUGUUAAAGCAGAAGUGGAAGUGCUAAUUGGAACAGGUGCAUUUUUAUUAGUAACUUUUGGAGCUUUUUUAUUGUCAACAGUUGUGGCUGUCUCUGUGGCAUUUAGUGAAGUUGAUAAGCUAUCUGUUGUUGUAUUUGGUGCCGCUUGUUUAAUCGCUGCUGCAUCAACUGAAACUGUCGAGCCCAAUAAUAAAAUUAAUAAUUGA